AUGGCGUGCACCUUCUAUAGGGAGAUUCCCUCAUUCGAACUUCGUUUUGCUUGCAAUUUCAAAGGUUGCCUCGAUGACCGUCCCAUGAGUAUGAUGGGAGCUAUUGAACACCAGGCGUUCCAUUUUUGUGAAGUUUACAAAACACAAGCCCAUUUCAACUUCAAAUGUGAGUACUGUAAUGUAUAUCACGUAAAUAAGAGCCAUCAUCGCCUCUGUUUGGACGACAAAAGCGGAAUUGGUCAUCUGCCUCAUUUGCGUUCAAUUUACACGGUACCAAUGUCUGAUCAAGAAUUUCACAGCUGCGUGGACUUUAGCCGCUUCGCAAACCAUCACAUGAUCCCCAUGACAGCUGAAGGGAUUCGGCUAGUUCCUGCUGAUUCUAGUUUUCCCCCACCACAGGCUCCAUACAAUUUCAGCUCGUCAUUGCCUGGUCGCGGUAUCGAUGCUACUCCCGCUUAUAACAACAGAAAUUCCAACGUCUCUUACCGUGAUCUCGGCAAGCGCAAUUGCUAUGAUAAUUGCGACGAACACACGAGUCCGGAUAAAUUUGGACGAUCAGGGGGAUUCCAAGAUCAAUCUAAUAAUCGCGAUAGUCGAGGGCGUGGGCGUGGAGGUUCUCGUGGGAGAGGAGAACGUGGAUUCAGUCGUGGUCGUGGGCGUGGCGGUGGAAAUCGAGACAACGAUAAUGGGCGUGAAAAUACUUUCCGAGGCCGUGGACGUGGUAGAGGAGGUGACAGUACGCCUGGUACGGAUUGGAAGCCUAAAAGAGAACGUUCCUACUCACGUUCAACUAGUCGCAGCCCAUGUUCACCGCUGGCGAAGAAAGGCCAUACAGGUAACAAAACACAGCAACGCUCCUAUUCUCGAUCAAGAAGUAACAGUCCUGCAAAGAAGCCACCCAGAGAAAGAGUCUCAAAGAGGCGGUCAUCGAAGUCGUACUCUCGAAGUGGUAGCCGUAGUCGUAGUCCUCCACCAAAUGAUCUCAACAAUAAUGAUCCUCCUAAUACGCGUGAAAACAGAACAUAUGAAAACGGUAGUCGAAGAAGUGUCUACGAUACCGAACCAGAGAACUACAUGAAUACUGGAUACGGAUCUGGUCGUCAGGCAAUGAGAGGUCAUCAACAAAGUAAUUCCGACCGCUCAUUCAGACAGUCUAAUGGUAGCGUGACUGGGUUACAAAAGAGCAACAGAGCAUCUUUCGAGAAGAAACGUGAUCGUAUGACCGACAGCGAUCACGUGGAAGCUUCACAAGGAGUCAAACGAGGAGCAAGGUACGUUCGAAUGAUUAGCUUCUGUUCCUGA